GCACCGCUAGCCCGAAAAUUUAAUCGGAAAUUUAUUAGCCUCCAGACGACCAUUUCGAGGCGCCACCGCUUACCGAGCAGCAACACACGUCGCCUGCACCGGUUUCAAGGCCUGAACAACAAGUGAGCAUAAAUCGACGCGCCACAAGAAAGAUGGCCUCCAUGACCGAGGAGCUCGAACGAGCCCAGGCCACCCACGACGCCAUUUUACGAUUAGUCUGCGCCCUCCCGGACCCGCCGCACCUCGGCGGAUCGAAGUGCCAGCCCGUCGACUACAGUUGUUUAAGAGCGCUCGCGUCACCUCAUGCCUCAUCGCGCGCGCUGCUAUCAGACGUGCAAUCCGGCUGGAGUGAUUGUAAGAAGGCAUUUCAAGAGGACAAUCCAGACGAGGUCGCCGGCGCCUGCGGGGAAUUAAGGCCCAAGUUGGAACGCCUCGCGUGCGCGGCCCACAAAGCCGCGCGGUCGGACCUAGAAGACCAUUUGACUGGUAAUGCGACGUGCGCCUGGGCGUCCGUAUUGGAGAACGACGCCAAGGCCGUCUGGAUUUCCGGUGGGUCCGGCGGCCAUCGGGGCGUAUCAAAGCGCGACCGGUGCAUUGAGAGUGUAGCGUUAGAUGUGAUCGCGGUCACAGCUAGGGAAGCGAAAGCCCUCGAGAAGAGCGCUAGGCACUUGGCGACGAAGCCGGGCUACCCCCCCAUCGGCGAUUGCAAAAGGGCCUGCGCGAAGCUGCGGAAGGCCGCGGGCCUCUGGGAGAGUUUGAGCCACGCCGGCGACCGCACGCCGAUCGCGUUGUUGGAUGCUUUGCCCGAGAAUUGUGGGAUGACCUUCGAGAAGCGCCCGCCGGAAGCGACGCGGGCCUGCUGCGCCGGCGCCGCUUUGCUCGCAUCAGCCUCAGCACAGCGCUGUGCCAUCGCCUCGGCCCUCGCCCAGAACAAGCUGCCCGACUCGCUCGCCGCCAAAUUAUGUGGCGGCGUCGCCGAGAAGCUCGAGGCGGCGCGCAACGCGUCCAGAGACGGCGCGCCGAAGCACCACGCACGGCUCGAUCGCGCGGCGGCCAAUUCGGCAGCGGCUGAUGCAAACUUGUUCCGGGGCCUGCGCGCCUACUUCUGCGCGCGCGAGGCCAAAGCCAAGGAGGAGCACGGGGUGUGUGUGGCCUGGUACCGCGACGCCGAGGCGCGACUGGCGCCGGCGAUCGUCUCCACCUCGGGCGCGGGCGCCGACCGGCCCCGCGACCUCGAUGCGCUGAAGAAGGCCCUACAAGUGGCGCGCGCGGCCGCGGACCACGAGAACUCCAGGAUCUACUACGAGACGGUGCCGGCGCCGAAAGAAUUGCGAGCACCCCCCGCCGUGAAGACCAUGGGCCCCGAGGCGCCGCUCUGUCUGAUCGCGGACGCGGAGCCCGUGCCGCUCUCGGCGCCGACGGCCGACGACGAGGCCUUGGCGCGCCAGCUCGCGGCGUCCUUCGAGGAAGACGGAUCUGGGCCGCCGCCGCCGGCUUACGAGGCGGCGCCGCCCGCGGCGCUCUCGGACGAGGAGCUGGCGCGGCGGCUCCACGAGGAGCUCAACGGAUAAGUUUAUCACAUGUUA